UGCAGUCUCUUCCCAGUCCAUAUAUGAUUGUAUCAACACAGGUACUGUCUCACUGUCAAAAUUGUAUUCGUCAUUCAUGUUAAGCAACAUGAAAAAGAAGAGAGAAUUUGACCAAUCCUCAUUACAUUUCUGUAUUGGUGACCCAUUUUCAAGACAAUGAUCCAUUUUUUUUUAUUGGGCCAACCUUUUUUCGUCGAAUGUACACAAAUACCAAUACUUUUAACAAUGCCAACAGAAGAAUUAGAAAACAACAAACAAUUGGAAGAUAUUGAGCUGUAUGUUUUUCUUGGAGGGAAUACAAUCAAGGGAAAAACAGCCAAUGAAAUUAUGGAAAUCAUGGAAAAGUGCUCAUUCGUAAAGCCUAUUAGUGUCAUGAAAAGUCAAAGAGUAGCUGGCUUUUGUAUUCCAAAAUUCAAAAACAAACAAGAUGCAGCUACCUUCUUUCACUAUUAUAGCAAACAAAAAUAUCCUUUAUGCCGAUCCUUGUACCCCUUGUUCGUGAGGCCGGCUAAAUUUAAAUGCCGACCUGUUGUGCAGUACAGUACACUAUUUCCCGAAACUAUUGACACACUUUUUUCUUGCGAUUUAGCACACUUAAUUUUAGGUUCAGCACAAAUAAAAAAAUAUUUUGGCACGUCUCUACUUCAAGUUUUGGCACAUUUUUUUUUAGAAAAAGUAGAAAUGAAUAUCCAAGUAUACUAUGAAAAUGGAAGAGUCGAUGUUGUUGAUAAGUUUGGAAAUGAGCCUAUUGAAAUGGAGGUCGAUGAAGAACAAUAUCCUUUGGACAACGUUACCAACUUUGAUCAAUACUUAGAUAUAAAGCCCCCCUGAGCGCGAAGCAGUAAAGCGAGAGGAACAAAAAAAGAAAAUCCAGGCAACAGAAACUUCUGGCAAAGGAUCGUAUGUUAAGCACAGUAGCGAUACCAAGGAGCGUUUCUUCUACUUAGUCUAUGAAAAAGGCUUGACACCUGGUAAAGCA